UUUGUGGCUGUGGUAACUAGUGAACCUCCCCAUGCCCACGGAUUUGCGAUGACGUAGAGACAACAAACAGUUGUUGGACUUGAGUAAGCUAAUGCUAGCUAGCACACGGACGAGGAGAUAAAACAGCAUAUUUGCAUUCAAGCACUUGUCGGGGGAACGUCAAUAAACGGCACGUAUUUGUUUUACAGUAACAAUCGAAAAGGAGAGUAUUGCUCUACAGUUAAAUCAUUUUGGGCACGAACUAAAACAUGCUCCGGACUAUGACGCUUGUUUUUUCCUUGCCUAUUCGGGGAUUGCGAUGCGAGGUGCUCCGGUGAGACCGUGAGCGACAUUAGGAAAUCAUUUUUAAUGUUUGUUUUAAUAGAAUGAUAAACUCGAAAACAAAGCAUUUGGGUCUACCGAAAGGUGCAUAAAACUAAAUUGUUCUAGAUGUCAUUGUUGGGUAACUACUUUAGCUAGGUAGCUAGUUUGCUUAAUGCACAAUGCAUAGUAUUUUGCUAACGUGAGCGAAUUGUACAGUUUUAGCUAGUUAGCCAGGUAACGUUAGCUGGUCACUCAAUAUAUAGUUAGAACGUUAGCUAGCUUCCACAUCCACUUUUAGAGCGCGCUGACGAACAAAAUACAGAAUACUUGAACUAAAAACGGCUAUCUAUGCACUUAUCUAUCGCGGUUACCAAGCAUUAAAUUAGCUAGCUAAAGAAGUAUAAACUAGAUUUGAGACUAGCUACUGUCGCAGGAGAAUACGUUAUUUCUCGGUUAGGAUUUGUUUGUCACAGUCGUUUGACACACGGUGUGUUGCGUUUAGGUCUUGAUAAUUUGACAACUAUUUACAGUUGCUGGACAUGGGAUAUGGUCGAUUUAUCAAAGGUUUUCUGAAUUACAAUUUCAGGCUAUAAAUAUUCUGAAUUGCAGGAACGCAUCACGUAUCAAACCAGUCAAGAAAUUAUAUAUUGAAAUAGUUGUGCAUGUGAGCACAAAUAGCUGUUUUGUCAACCAAUUACUUUUAACACUCAGAAUGCACUUUAUAUUGUCGUUGUUGUCAAAACAAAGUUGUAAACAUUCUCGAUGAAAGUACUUAUUUUACAAAUUGUUAGCUAUUUUAGGAACGAAGACCAGCAUUCAAAGGCUAGACUGAAAUCAACCUUGUGUCAAGUGCAGAGUUCUCGAAUCCCGUCAAAUUGCUAGAUCAAUUGCCAACACUACCUUCCUGGAAAUGAAAAUAUGAAUAUCGAGGAGCAAGCUCUAGAUUUGUGCAAUGUCAAAAUGAAGAGUAAUGUCGAUGACAAUACUACCAAUAACUCGGAAGAGAUCAUACCCCGGAUUUCGGAACUGAUGGAUGGAAACUUGUGCAAACAAGGCAUUGGCACCGAGGUCGCCGACACGUCCUCUCUAGCCAGGCUCACUGACAACCCGCGGGGGGAGGACAACCACCGGUCAAAAGAGACACUAGAAAUCGACGAAGUGAACGGGAAUAAGAACAACAGCGUCCCAAAUACCCCUGCAAUUGUCAGUUCUGACUUUGCCAUUUCUAAUGACGACCAAGAGGAGAGUAUCAAGGAUACAACACCAUCUGCCCUCAUGUUUGCUAUUGAGGAAGGGGAUGAUGGUGGGGAUAUGGACAUUAGUGUGGAUUUGAGCCUGGAUGAAAGUGGCAUGUUGGAGUCAGAACCUACGGACCAGGGACCAUCCCUAGCAGAGGAGACAUUCUCAAGCGGUACCAAUCCAGAUUCAUCUACCCCAGAUGUUGUCACGGACAAGGAACCUGAUAAACCCUCAGAACAGGAGGACUCGCCACCUGUCAUUGCCACAGGAGAGGCCCUCUCUCCAGCCCUGGAUGAGGGGGAUGAUAAACACAAAAAUGGCAAGAGGGUGACUUUUCCUUCAGAUGAGGAUAUUGUCUCUGGAGCAGUGGAGCCCAAGGACCCUUGGAGACAUGCCCAGAAUGUGACGGUGGAUGAGAUUCUCGCUGCCUACAGACAGGCCUGCGUGAAACUCAACUGUAAACUCAUCCCCAAAGUGCUCAAACAGAUGCAGGAGCUGAAAGACCUAACUCAUCGAAACGAAUGCCUGGACCUUAAAGGUGAGAAGCUGGACUAUAAGGCGUGUGAGUCCCUGGAGGAGGUGUUCAAGAGGGUCCAGUUUAAAGUGGUGGACCUGGAGCAGACCAGCCUGGAUGAAGAUGGUGCGUCAGCUCUCUUUGACAUGAUUGAGUACUAUGAGUCGGCCACACACCUCAACAUUUCCUUCAACAAGCACAUCGGCACCCGCGGCUGGCAGGCCGCAGCCCACAUGAUGAGGAAGACGAGCUCUCUGCAGUACCUUGACGCCCGCAACACGCCCCUGCUGGACCACUCUGCCCCGUUUGUGGCACGGGCUCUCCGCAUCAGCGGCAGUCUUGCUGUGCUGCACCUGGAGAACGCUGGGCUCUCUGGACGACCACUCAUGCUGCUGGCCACAGCUCUGAAGAUGAACAUGAACCUACGGGAGCUGUACUUGGCUGAUAACAAGCUGAAUGGCCUGCAGGACUCUGCACAGCUGGGCAACCUGCUCAAGUUCAACUGCAAUAUCCAGAUACUGGACCUCCGCAACAACCACAUACUGGACUCUGGUCUGGCCUAUGUCUGUGAAGGCCUGAAGGAACAGAGGAAAGGCCUGGUCACUCUGGUGCUCUGGAACAACCAGCUAACGCACAAUGGCAUGGGCUACCUCGCAGCUGCACUGCCCUGUACCCAGAGUUUGGAGACUCUAAAUCUGGGCCAUAACUCUGUGGGGAACGAGGGGGUCCACAAGCUGAAGGACGGGCUGAUCUCCAACCGCUCGGUGCUCAGGCUGGGCCUGGCAUCCACCAAGCUGUCCUGCGAGGGUGCCGUGGCAGUGGCAGAGUUCAUCGCCGAGAGCCCCCGGCUGCUGCGUCUGGACCUGAGGGAGAAUGAGAUCAAGACGGGGGGCCUCAUGGCCCUCUCCCUGGCCCUCAAAGUCAACACCUCCCUCCUACGCCUCGACCUGGACCGAGAGCCCAAGAAAGAAACUGUGAAGAGCUUCAUCGAUACACAGCGUUCCCUGCUGGCUGAGAUCCAGAACGGCUGCAAGCGGAACUUCAUCCUAGCCAAGGAGAAGGAGGAGACCGAGCAGCAGAUGCAUUCAGCAUCAAUGGCCGAGAUAGCAACCGAGGACAGAACCGAAGAGGAGGAUGGAGCUGAUUCCGGCGAGCAUGUUGAAAAAGAUGGGAAAGACGGUGAGUGUGAGGGAGGAGAGGAAGGAGUAAAAGACACUGAGAGCCUGACUAACAGCCAAUCGGCAGUGUGCUCUGAGGGAAUAGUGUUGCCUUUGCUGUUGGAGUCAGACUCUGACACAGACGAUGAUGAGGAGGAAGAGGUGGUUCUCUCUAAAGCGCCCACCGUCUCCCCUGUCCCCAAACACACUGGCCCUUCACUCCGGGCAGCGACAAACCAGCACCCCCUCAGUGCCUCACAGAUGCCAAGCUCCCUCACACCACCAGCUACGGGGGCUUUCAUUUCAGGGAUCACCGUCACGGAGUCCACGGGCCCCCCCGGUACGCCCCCUUCGCCGGGCCGCUGCAUCUCUGUGUCGAGCCCCGGGAGGGGCCACAAGAUCUUCAUGGUGACCAGAGUAGAGAGCCCCUCUGACCAGCAGCAGGUUCUGGGGAAGAUUGGCCUGUCCAACCCCCAGGCCUCAAAGGAGCCAGCGGUGUCAUUAGUGAAGCAAACCACACAUCGACCACAGCCCCCUUCACAACCCUCACAGGAGGAGGUGAGAACAGAACAGACACAACCCCAGACCACACCACUGACACAGGAGGUGACACAGAGCCUGACAGAACAGACACAACCCCAGACCACGCCCACGCCACUGACACAGGAAGUGACACAGAGCUUGACAGAACAGACACAACCCCAGCCCACGCCACUGACACAGUUGACACAGAGCCUGACAGAACAGACACAACCCCAGACCGUGCCCACGCCACUUACACAGGAGGUGACACAGAGCCUGACAGAACAGACACAACCCCAGACCACGCCCACGACACAGGAGCUGGUCCAGAGUUUAGAUGAAUCACAGAAAAUAGAUCCUAAACAGACGGAGCAGAGUCCUGUUGCGCCAGAGGAACCUUCUUCAGAGGAGGCCGUAGUAGAGACUCCUAAUGACCCAUCUGAGACGCUAGAACUACCAUCCAACCUCCUAACCCAACCCACAGAGGAGGAAGUUGAGGGCGUUCUAGACCGUUCGCAACCUGUACUGGCGGAGCAGAGCCCAGGAACAGCAGCCCAGCCGUCACACACACCGUCCCUUCCUACAGAAGAUGUAGCCACUCAAUCACUAGCAUCACCCCAACAGACAGAGCAGAUGGUAGAGACAACUACAGAGCCCCGGCUAGAACAGUCUGCUGUUGAGCAGCAGUCCACUGAAGCUGUGCUGGAAGGAGAGGAGGUGGUGGUAGAAAAGGAGGCGAGUCAGGACCCAGUAGAAGAUACAUUUUGUGAACAGGCAGAGUCUCAAACCAACACAGAGGAAGUUGAGAUGCAGUCAGAACGGCUUCCACAGCAGGAACAGGCUAGCGACACAGUUCAGCAACCGUUAGUGCCUCAGCUAGCGAUGCAGACUAACACUAAGCCCCUGGGGGGUCUGCUUCUAACAGCACCACUCAAGUCACAGCCUGAAACAGUGCAGCCAGACUCUGAGCUUCUGCCCCCAGAACAGGAACCGGCAGAGACACUUCCACAGGCACACCGACAGGUGGUGCCAGAGAGUCCCUCUGAGCAGGGAGCCACAGAGAGUGAAGCAGAACAGGAACUAUAUCUGUCAGAGGAGGAGCAGCAGCAACAACUAGCACAACAGGCACUUCCUGUGCAGGUGGAGCAGCAGCAACAACAACGUCCUGUUCUAGAGCAACUACAGCAGCAGCCUCCCCAACCAGAGGGGCAAUCACAGACCACCCUUCCCGCCGAGCCCUCACCUGUUCCAGCCGAGACAGACACUUCUCUGAAGGUGGAGGGCCGUAGCUCCCCUCCCAAGGCAGAGGAGUCCCCAGACGAGAGCUCCACAAACGAGGGGGAGAGCGUGGAGGAGAUGAUGGGCUCGGCCCUGCCCAACGGCCUGAAGCCAGAGUUCGCCCUUCACCUGCUGGAUACCGAGGGCCCCAAGCCUGGGCCUGGCAGCUGUGUGAUGGAGCACGUGAGUGUGACAGCAGAGCUGAGCUGUGGUCAGGAUCUAGAGGAGCUGUUGCUGGAGGCCAGCCUGGAGACUGGGAGAGACGCACCAUAGCCCUGUCAUGUGGUUCUGUAGGAGAGAGGAACACGGGAACUCGUAUCGUCUGUGUCUCGGUGACUCUUGUUGCUCCUACAAUUUUUUUUUUUCUCCCGUUGUCAUAAUCCCACAACUCACCACCGCCAUGACAACAGAGGACCAGUUGUCAUCUAAGUAAUACACCUAAAAAAAAAAAACUCAAAGACACAACAAUAAUCAUUGAGCUUCAUCACAGCACGUAAUGGAUUAACUACGUCUUCAACCGAAGUGCGCGCACACACACAUUUUAAAGAAAGUAAUAAAAAAACAAGAAGAAAGUCACACUAACCUUUUGCCUAUCACUACAUUCCGUCAAUCAGGAAACCACACUCAUGCAGGUAACAGGGAGCUGGGGGGGAGGGGGUGAGAAAGAGGUAGAGAGGGAAGGAGGGGCUUAAUCACUGCUCUACCCCAAGACACACUGCUCACCCCCUGCUCCACCCCGACCUGUGUUCUUGAUAGUGUCGUGAGCGUGCACACUGACACAACCUUACUAUUGCCCUCUGCUGGAGGAGAGAGAAUGUGUACAGCUGUGUGUGACAGUGUGGGACCCAGCCAAGAGGACCUGCUGGCUUUUUAGUGUGUCAUUCUCUGACAAUGACAGUUGGGCACAGAGGGUUUUAUAACCAAGGAAGGUGUGACAGGAGAAGGCAUUUGUUUUGUGCGUAUUUGUCUUGUUAGUUUUAUUUGCCCCCACCUCGUAAGGGAUCUCUGCCAAAGUGACCGCUUUCUUUUCUGUUCCUUCCGUUGGCUUUGGCCCCCUCAGGAAUCGUCCCCUCUAGUCUGUCUCCAGCAACGCUCUGGAACAUCCAAACCAUCUGUCAUCUGCCAAAAACAGUGUCUCAAUCAAAACUUAUUUUGGGAUCAGAUAGCAGAAUUAGUCUAAUCUAAAGCCUUCUGGAAACCUCUGUAAAUGUUGGAUAACAAAAUGUCUGCCUUGAUGGAGUAAUGCCAUUCAUUAGAGUAAGUCUACUCUUCUUUUUUUCCUCCACCGGACAGUUAUCUCAGACAUUCUUUUCCAGGCAGAUUUUCAUGUUUGUCCGACCAGAGUGAUUAAAUGUAGUGCGACACUCAAUAGGAGUAUAAAGAAAAAGUAGUUCUGACUUUGUCUUUCGUGUCCUCCCUUCUUUCUUUCAGUCUUCUGCUGGUACAACACUGUGCCAUCUCAUUUCCCAGCUCUACGCAGGAUUAAUGUUGCCUUCGACUCGGCUAGGUUUAAAUCUCAUCUCCUUUUGUUUUGCUGCUUGGAGAAAUCAGUCGUUUGUAUUUAUUUUAUGAGCCUUUUACUUUGUGUGAUUUAUUGUUCUCCCCUUCUCUCCCUCUUUUUAUUUGUUAUUUUCAAUGGGGUUUGCUUUUAAAGAUUUCCCCCCUUUUGGUGUAUAUUUCAGAUUCAAAUUAGAGCAAUUAUUACGUUGAGGUUUUUUUGAGGGGGGGGGAUAAAUGAGACUGCUGGGUGGAGGGAUCAACGGUUAUGGCAAUAGGGAGGGAGAGUGCAGUUAUGAAAAUAAACGAAAAGGACGUUUUCUUAAGGAGGGGCAGUGUGAGUGGUGGUUGACAUCACUCUGACAACACACUGACUGAGAGACUAUCCCUGUUUUGAGACAUCACAUCUUAAACACUACUGUGCUAGGUUAAUCUGUGGCCACCUGGGGGCGCUGGGGCUGCUGGUGGUUUCCUUUCUAGAUAUAGAUAUACUGUAUUACCCAACAGCAGUUACUGCUUAAGACUUUUGUAGGCAUGGAGGACAUUGAUUUGAACACAAACAGGUGGGUGAAAGUUUGAGUGGACUUCCCAACAACACUGAGGACAUGUGAGCCCAACACUGUGAACCUAUGGGCCAGCUACCAAGGGCCCUAUUCAACUUGUAUCCAAAAGAUUCCCGGGUACAGUAAAAACUUGCUUUCUUACAGUGCAAGAAGAAUACAAGUUUGACUCAACCGCGGGAUCCUCUGGAUAUAGGUUUUGGUUGAGUAGAGCCCCUUGUUUCAAUCCCUCUGUUCUUUCACCCCUGGUCAACCAGGUUGUUUUUCAACCCAAAUCCUCAUUGCUGUGCUGCCCUCACUAUUUGUAAUGCUUACAUUUUUUUUUUUUUGUCAUUUUUAAUUAUUUGUUAAAUUAAUUGAAAUGUGCUGGUAAUCACAAAGAUAUGUAUGGCAACUUUUUUUGUUCCUCUCUCAAAUAAAUGCAUGUAAUGACUAA